AUGUAUUUGGAAAUUGCACGACAUUGUGAUUACCAAAUGCCUUCUCCAUCCAGUCCAUUAGAAUAUCGACCAACUCCACAUCUUAUUCUUAUCAUUAUUUUUGUUUUCCUUCCACUCAUUUAUUUAUGCGGACGACUGGCUAUUACAUCAUGUUUUAUAUUGCUAUUUGUUCUUAAAUCGAUGUUCUCACCUGUCUUGCAGUUGUUGUAUGGGAAUGAACUGAUUCCCAUACAACAGAUUCGUGUUGUACCACCAGUACGAAUGAUAAGUGCAAUUCAGGAAGCACAGGUAGAGCAAUAUUCGGAUGAACAGCUUACUGACGAAAGCGAUGGAGAACACGAAUUGAUCGACACAGUCAAAAUUACUGAUGACUUUAUCAAAGCACAACCUAAAAAUUCAACUAAUGUGCAAACUAUUCAGUCUGGUCUGGAGAUUCAAACAGAAGGCUUGCAUGAUUCGGAACAUGAUUCUGGUAAUGAUGAAGACCACUCAGCAUUGUCUGCAAGCUCAACAGCGACAACUUCUACCAGUCAAAUCUUGGACAUACCAGAAACGGAAAAUAUGCAAAAUCAUAGUACUUUUAAGAGAAGCGUGCAGUUGCGGCAUCGAGAUAAUGCUUUCCGAAUGAAUAACAUAUAG